UUGGAAAAGCAGUUAAAAGAGACUGAGUCAAGCAGACCAACGUUUGGGCUCCAGUGCUUCAUCAGUUGUUCAAGUAAAACUAAAAGAGACUCCAAAAGCAGGUACACAAACGUUUCUUUCACGGCCCUGGGGGGAGAAACCUUUUUUUUUAACAUUUUGAAACUGGACACGGCCACAGCAAUCCUCAUGCUGCUGUGGGAUUGCAAGAAUUCCUGUCUCCCUCCUCAGGGCUCCUUUCAAGGGCUUGUCUGGAUUCCAUGUUUGCGGGGUUCCUGGCAGGGCUGCUGAGCGGGGAGAGGAGAGGCUGGGUAGAGAUCUGAACACACAGCCCCCUGAUACCUUAGAAAAGUUUCCAGAGGUUGCAAAAAUACUGUGCAGAUUUACUGUGGCAGAAUUCAAAAGGAAUCCCCUUUAAUAUCACCCUCACAACAUCACUCCACAUCCACAGCUAAUAUCACCAGAUAUGAUUGGAAUCUGAAGUUCAGGAUGAUUAAAAAUAACAAAAAAAACACAAAGAACAAAAAGGAAUGCUGGGGGAGGAGUUUCGAUGAUGUGAUGAUUGGUUGAUGGCCUUUGCCCAAAGCCUGAGCCUGCUGUGAUUGGAUACCAGCCCCACCAGAUCCUCCCUCCACCUAAAUUAAAGUAGACAGCUGGUCAUUUAGCCCUGGAGGCUCAUGUUACUGGAAACACAACCCUGCUGUGGGGAGAGAGAGAGGAAGCAGCUGCACAGAUUUGGAGGUCUGUAGGGAGAGGAAGGCAGGAGAAUCUGUUGGCUCUCUGAAGAAGAAAUAAAUACAAACCCAUAAAUAAACAAAACAAAAUAACAAAACAAAACCGCUGGGCAGAGGGAGUAUCUGAACAGCAAGAGAAAGAAAGAAAGGAAAGAAGGAGGCAAAAGGGGGAGAGGAGAAAACAAGGGAGUAAGUUGAGAAAGAGAAAAGGUCGGAGAGAGGGAGGAGUGGAGGACUGGCGCUGAGGAGGAAGGGAGGAUGCUGCGGCACAGGGCCCUGUUGAAGCUGUUGUUCUGCGCUGGACUCUGCAUCUUCAUUGCUGGGACAGUGCUGGCGAGUCUCUACAUCACCUUCCACUACAGGAAGAAGGGGUUCAGGAGCCCCCACAGCGCCACCCAGAGGAGCGCAGCGACAGCAGUGUGUCAGAGCUGCAGAGAGGAGGACGCCAUCAGGAGGAGAGUGCUGCAGUUAGAGGCGCGAGGGUGGGAGAGACAGGAGGAGUCUUAUCAGAAGCUCAGGUCUGGGUUGUUGAGGGACUGCCGUGGCAUCUCCGAGGCUGUCAUGACCCAGGAGAACACGCCUCUCGGGUCGAAGGUGAUUUACGAUGGGGAGAAACAGAGACACAUCGAGAUCGACCAAAAGAUAUUCAGCACAUUUCCCCAGGAGUCCCCCAUCGGAAACGUCACCUUUGCUUCCUGCGCGGUGAUCGGGAACGGUGGGAUCCUAUUGGGCAGUGGCUGCGGAGAGGAGAUCGACCGGGCCGACUUCGUAGUCAGGUGUAAUCUGCCCCCGGUGGAGGGGAGGUUUUACAGUGACGUGGGAAACAAGACGGACCUGGUCACCGCCAAUCCCAGCAUCCUCCUGGAGAGAUUUGCUGCUCUGUCUGAGCGGAGGAGACCCUUUGCGGACUGUGUUUCCCGCUAUGGCAUUGGCACGUUGCUGGCAUUGCCCGCCUUCUCAUACGGGCGCAACACGCCGCUGUCACUGCGGGCCCUCUACACGCUGCAGGACUUCGGGACCCCGGCACAGCCUGUCUUUCUGAACCCACAGUACCUGGGCAGCCUGGCUAGGUUCUGGAGGGCCCGUGGGCUCCGGGCUCUCCGCCUCAGCACCGGGCUCAUGGUCACCAGCCUGGCGCUGGAGCUCUGCAGCUCAGUCCGGCUCUAUGGAUUCUGGCCCUUUGACCGCGGUCCCGACGGCUCCCCGCUGAGUCACCAUUACUACGAUGACCAGCACUCCCCGACCAGCAUCCACGCCAUGCCAGCUGAGUUCUACCAACUGCUGGAGCUGCACGGGCAGGGCGUCCUGAGGAUACAGCUGAGGAAGUGCCAGAGACAGCAGGGAGAGGAGAGAGGGGGCCAGCCUGACACAACCUGGGCCAGCCUGACACAACCUGGGCCAGGUUCUGUGGGUUGAUCCCUGGAGCCUGCAUUACCCUUCAGCCGUCAACAUACCGGGGCCAGUAGGAAACCCACGUUAGCUGGCAAAGGGAAAGAUUGUAUUGCACAUCUUAUAUUACAGCGAAGCUACUUCUUGGUUGGUCGGUCCCCACCUCCAGCUCCAGCUCCACCUCCACCUCCACCUCCAGCUCCAGCUCUGAUAUCUCAUCUUGGCGAAAGCCGAGUCCAUGAGUUAAAUAACAGUUACUUCUCGUGUAACCUGCCACCAAGAGACCAGCGCCUGAGACCUGCCUGCCUGCCUGCCUGUCCCCCAGUCUCAGUACAGACACUGGCACGGCACAACAGUGUGUGUUAGAGUUGAGCGCUGACGGAAAUAAGGAAAUAACAACAAGGCUAGCGUGUAAGAAGUGAUGGUAGCCAAGUUAACAAACGCUUCAGUAAAAAUCUUCAAUCAGUGUUACUGGAACUAGAAGAAACUGAGUGAAGCAGGCCAGCGUUUGGGCUCAAGUGCCUUCAUCAGUCUUAUUGAAACUAGAAGAAAGUAAGUGAAGCAGGCCAGCAUUUGGGCUCUAGUGCCUUCAUGGUUAUUAUUGAGGUGAAACAACAAAAAAAUCUAAGUCAACUUAAGUGAAUUGCAAAAGGUUUCAGUUAAAACGUUUCUGAUCAUUUUACUGUUGUAAGUUACUAAUGUUUUCUUUUUGGUCUUUUUUUCAAUAUAGUUC